UUUAUCCUCUCCUAUUUGAGGGUAGUGAAUGGAAGGGGAGGGAAUAGCAUAGACGUUCAUCCAAGCCAUCUCUCUUUUUCACUCUCUUUUUUGCCGAGAGAAACGGAGAAGAAACAAGACAUUAUCGUUGUUACAAGGAUAGUUUCAGGUUGUCCAAGGAAGCUCAGAAUAUAAGGUAUGGUUCUUGAUAGCAUGAUAACUUCUCCUCACCGGAGAUCACCAUCUUUCCGGAAGCCAUUCCCACGGGAUGAGUUGGGUAGCUGGUCAACACUCCUUCAGCGACACCGUUUCCUCUUAACAGCCUUCGCUCUUUUGGCUUUCUUAUGCACAAUCUAUCUCUACUUCGCUGUUACCCUAGGGGCCACUGAAUCAUGUUCUGGACUGACAGGUACCAAAAAGACAUUAUGUCGUUUGGAGCUGGCAAAGGAUUCUGUAGGCAAUGGAAAACUCAAAUUUUUCUAGCACGGAUGACACAGUCAAUCGGUUCUUGGUAGUGUUUUCUCUGCCUCA